AUGCACGAGGUUUUCAAGAACGCUUACUGCACCAUCGCCGCUACUUCCUCUAAAGAUUCACAUCAAGGAUUUCUCCAAGAGUCAAUAACCAUACCCCGCGAUCUAGACUCAUCCGUCGAUUUGGAAUCCGCUACUUCGGACUCAUCCCUCGAUUCGGACUCAUCCCUCGAUUCGGACUCAUCCCUCGAUUCGGACUCAUCCCUCGAUUCGGACUCAUCCGCCCAUUUGCCCUCAUUCGGUAAAUACUUUGAACGCUUCGUGGAGAACGGAAUUUUGAACACCCGGGCAUGGGUCCUGCAGGAACGUGCACUAUCACGACGGAUCAUUCACUUCACGGAGCAACAGCCAUUUUGGGAGUGCGGAGGAGGCAUGACUUGUGCAGCGCUACGAUCAGAGGGCUAUAUGCAAAAGUAG